GCGCAUGCGCACGAUGAUGGGCGGAGUCAGUGCGCACGCAGUCGCGGCCCCUUCCCCGCCCUUUCUCUUCCCGGUUUUCCUCUCAGCUGCAGGGCCCGGUCAGUGGCAGCUUCCGGUAGGAGCGCCCUGAAGCGCGACCCGGUCUCUGCUCACUGUCAUGUCCUACGGUCCCUUAGAUAUGUAUCGGAACCCCGGGCCGUCGGGGCCUCAGCCCCGGGACUUCAACAGCAUCAUCCAGACAUGCAGUGGCAACAUCCAGCGGAUCAGCCAAGCCACUGCUCAGAUAAAGAAUUUGAUGAGCCAACUUGGAACUAAGCAGGACUCAAGCAAACUCCAGGAAAAUUUGCAACAGUUACAGCACUCCACAAAUCAGCUGGCCAAGGAGACAAAUGAGUUGCUGAAGGAGUUAGGGUCCUUGCCCCUACCCUUGUCUGCAUCAGAGCAGCGCCAGCAGAAGCUUCAGAAGGAGCGGCUCAUGAAUGACUUCUCGUCGGCCUUAAACAAUUUCCAGGCUGUGCAGAGAAGCGUAUCUGAGAAGGAAAAAGAAAGUAUCGCUAGAGCGAGAGCUGGAUCACGUCUUUCUGCAGAAGACAGGCAAAGAGAAGAGCAGCUCGUCUCAUUUGACAGCCAUGAGGAGUGGAACCAGAUGCAGAGCCAGGAGGAAGAGGCGGCCAUCACUGAGCAAGACCUGGAACUUAUUAAAGAGAGGGAAACGGCAAUUCGGCAGCUGGAGGCUGACAUUUUGGAUGUCAAUCAGAUAUUUAAAGAUUUAGCUAUGAUGAUCCAUGACCAAGGCGAUCUGAUUGAUAGCAUAGAAGCCAAUGUGGAAAGCUCAGAAGUGCAUGUGGAAAGAGCUACUGAUCAGUUACAGAGAGCUGCUUACUAUCAGAAAAAAUCUCGCAAGAAGAUGUGUAUCCUCGUGCUUGUCCUGUCAGUGAUUGUUACAGUCUUGGUAGUUGUUAUCUGGGUUGCUUCUAAAUGAAGUGUGCUUGCCUCAGAGCCUUCUCCUGCUGAGUUGUUUUCAAGGGCAAGUGCUUGAUGGAAUCUUGCCAGAACAAACUGACCACAGAAGAGAGUGUAUACCAGAGUGUCCUGUGAUAAUUUAGCUAGAAACUAACUACUAACUAGUCCUUGGAAUUAGACCAUGGACACAGUAUUUAUCAAUUUAUGCAUACAUUCUAUUCAUUUCUCAAAUAACGAAUUAACUUAUGUGUAUUUUCCUUUCUCUUGUAUUUUGAUUGCUCUUUAUUGGAAGUGUUUAUUGACAGUUCCAUCGUGGAUAUUCUUUUUUGACAGGUGACACUACAUCAUAAUAUUGUCUUUUUGUAUAUACACAAACUUUACCUUUUUAUGAGUAUCUGAGAUAAAUUUCCUUCUGGAGCCAGCCUAUCAAGAGUCUGAGAAACUGUACAAUAUGCCAGCAAUUUUUAUUAUUUAACAUUUUGAUUUGAGUUUCUGAGGGAUCUGUUAUCUGUUUUGUAAGAUUUUGGCACUAUAUAUAACUGGGGAAUAAGAACAUUGCUCCCAUGACUUUGGAUGAAAUGAGAAGAACCUGUCAGAGUGGGCCCAUUGCCAGGAUGUGUGGGAAAGUCUGGGUUUGAGGUAAAUUGACUUUAUUGUUGCUGGUGUUGUUUACAGAGUCCGUCCUCAAACACUAAGCCAUCCCACACCUGUUUUAAAGAGGAUCUGUUCAUUACCAUUCUUACAGUCAGUUGGGUCUCUCUCCCACCUGCCUACAUAGAACAGGAGAAUUAGGCACAGCAUAAUUUUGGAAAGCAAAUAAGGAUUGUUUGGAAUGAUCCCAUCUUGUUCACUUGUGGCUUUCAUUCUGGUGAAUGAUAAAUGUUGCUGUCAAAGGCUGAUCCCGACCCUUGUAAGGGUUGCCUGGCUUUGAUGGCAAGAUUUUGAAAUUUAGACUGAAGUGGGGUUUAAAACUCAGUCUAUUGAUAAAGCAAAGCAAAGGUUCAUUUUGUAAAUAAUACUGGUUUAGUGAUGUUAGACUUAGCCUAAUUUAUGAACAAGAGAUCAAAUUCUGUGUAGUUUUAGAUAAAAACAGUUUUAAUAAAAGGUUUCUGUCUUGUAUAUAAAUGUUGUCUACUGCCCUUUUUCACAGGCCUAGAACAGUCAAGAGAGCGUGUAAUUGGUUUAGGCUCUCAGAUAAAUGUGAAUUGAGGCCGGAAAUGUCAGCUCAUCUUUCACUGAACUAGAGGAUCUGACUACUGUGGUUAUAUUUAUGUUUGUUUCUUCUAUUCCUCAUAAUGUUACUUAAUCUUGUUCUACACUAAUGUGAUCAGUAGAGAAAUAAGGGCCCAAAUGCAUAAGUUUCUCUGCACCUUUGCACCAUCCCACUUACUUAAUACCAAUAAACAUUUAAAAGCUUUUGUAGUUA